AUGGGUCCCAAAAAGGCUGGUGGAGGUGAUUCCACGGCAACGUUCCCUCUUGCACCCGUAGGGACGUUCGAAUGCAAUGCUCGUUGCUGUUGUGUUGUCGGUAAAGUUGUUUGGGUGGCCGAACUUAAAGGUGGUGUCGCUGUGCACAAUGCACAAGACGGCCAACUGUUGGAGCGCAUUGCCGUUGCCGAAGGUAACAAUCGCGUGCACUUCAAGUGUAUGGUAUUGGUAAACCAUGAAUUGUGGGCAGGAAGUUCUGAAGGUGUCGUUCACAUAUUUGAGGCCACCAGGAGACGGUGGAAACGUCAAAUUGCAAUUAUGGGUACAGGCACUGCAGCGCCCAUAACAGCAUUAAUCUUUGAUGGGCACUCGGUCAUCGGUGCCUCUGAAACAGGUAGAAUAGUCCAAUGGAAUCCAAGUAGUAAAGCUCAGAUGAUGGCUUACACCUCCUCAAGCCCUGCUGCAGAUGUGACAGUUUUUGCUGGUUUGAUUAUUAGCGGACAUGGCGAUGGGUCGCUUCGAGUGUGGGAUCCUUAUAGUGGCGAGAUGGUGGUCGAACACUUGAAGGACAACUCUGACGUUACACGCCUCCUCGUCGAACCUACAACCUCAACCCUUUGGGUGGGACGUAGGAGUGGUUGCAUUAGUGUGUAUUCAUUGGAUGCGGAAUCCGAGGAAAGGAGGUCAUUGGAACCUGUAUUGUUUACUCUGAAGAGCCGGGUAUUGAUUGGAAAGGAAGCUGUCACGUCGUUGCAGGCAAUCACUGGGAAAGUGCUGGUAACAACACACUGCAGAGUGGUUGCCGUAGUUAAUGCUCAUACAUACGAAGUGCUAAUCCGCGUGAAUGGCGCCCACGACGCCUUUAUCUACGGGGCGGCGCGGGUUUAUGUUGCGGAAACAGUCCGCGCAUGGACGAUUGGAAAUGAUAGUGUGGCUCACAUAUGGGAUGUUGCUGGUUACUACGUGCCAUCGCAGUCGACACCGGCGAUGGGUCCGCAUGAACAAGAAAAAAUUGUGGAGGAUGCCAAAUGUUUACUGAGUUUUGAAAACAGCAAACUCGCAACCCGCGUGGCUGCCGCUGGAGUGACCGUUACAAAGUUACAAGAAGAGCUUCAAGCCGCGCGUAACGAAGCGCAGGAGUUGCGUUUAAGGCUAGUAAGUGUAGAUGAUUUAGAAAAAGAAAAGGAGGUUGAAAUCGUGUCAUCAAGCACUCGCAUAAAGGAGCUGGAGAGCGAAGUGAAACGACUCAACAAGGAAUUGGCCGACGCGAACGCCCGUGCCGAUGGCGCUGAAAGACAGUUUAACAUGACCCGAAAUGACCUGAACAACGCGGCAACGGAAGCCUCAAAAGCGCGUGCGGACGUCUCUGAGAAGAUUAAAGAGAAGGCAGAUGUGGAACAACAGUUGGCGGCCAGGAACACAGAGAAAUUGCACUUGGAGAGGCAACUGAGGGACAAAUCGUUGGAAUUAGAGCAUGUCCGCGGGGAAUAUGAUCGCUUACACAGAGCGACAGCACAGGGAUUGCAAACUAAAGGCGUCACGGACGCUUAUAAGUUUUGUUCGUCCCGUGACGGUGGUGUCGCAUUAAGCAACGAACUGGAAGAACUACGAAAGAAGAAUGAGCUGUUAGGGACACUACUGAGUUCCAUGGAGUACACACUUCGACGCAAAGAAGAGGAAGAACGAGAUAUGGCAGUACUGCUAAAUGGCUUCCGUCGCAAGCUAGCAGACAAAGUUGUUGAUCCUCAUUUGAUUGCCCUUUUAAACGCGACAAUGUUGAACAAUCCCGACAAGUUCUACAUUAGCGAUGAUGAAGGCACCAAGUCUGCACUUCUUGAGCGCAAUGGGCCUCUUUCACGUUACUUGCAGUCCCUGCGUGAUUGCGAUCCGGAUGUGUAUGAGCAGUUACUCGCGUACCUGCAGCACCCGUUGGCAGGAUCAACAAAUGAUCCUAUAUAUGACAAACUUAUGCUGCUUGCGCGAGAUGAGGGUGAAACUGCCGAAAAUUUCUCCUUCCUGAAGAAAACCUUGCCUAUUCUCCUGUCAUCUGUGAACUUUAUGAAUGCCGCCAGUGGUGUUGAGACUGGUGAUUUCCACCCCACACCAAGUGGCACCAUUACAGCGAAGCAAAUGGAUGAAACCCCUGGAAAUGCCCUUAACACCGUUGUUGGUUCCAUUGUGGAUGCAACUACGAGAAAUUCUUCAGAAAACAAACCUUCUGUUGAGGAUCCACUCUUCGGUGUGCUCAAGAAUCUCCAACUGUUCGGCGACAUAAACAUUCUCACUGGGCAAACGAAUCCUUCCGCUAACGACGAAGCCUACCUAAAACAAGUACGCAAUACGUUUGAAUUUAUUCUACAAACACGAAGUAGUCUUGUUAAACAGUUGGCACUCCUUUCAAAACGUGUGGCUAAAGGACUUCAAGUAGUUACAGCGCUUGCCAGUAAGAACACAAGGGAUGGCAUAACACAAGGGGGGAGGCCGGUUUCUUUUAAUGCCAGCGGCGGUACGAGCAGUAGAGGAAAUAGUUUGGGCGCCGUUGCAGUUGGUAUUUUGGAAGAGUUAAAUAGUGUGGUAACAGUUAUUGUGUCAUCGUUCCUCACACUCAAUGAAAAGCAGCGUGUGGGGGUUGGCACACAGUUUUGA